CUGGACUUACUGUCUAAUAUGACAGGAGUGGCACUUGUUGAUUGCUCAGCUAGUUCUGAGACUAUUGGAGUGCUGAGUCAAGCGGUGGACUUAGGUUGCUGCGUGGUGCUGGCGAAUAAGAAGUCUCUGACCUCUUCAUUGGAGUAUUAUGACAAGUUGGUCUCACAACCUCGGCGGAUUCGAUACGAGUCAACUGUCGGUGCUGGCCUCCCCGUGAUAGCAUCUAUAAAUCGUAUGCUUUCAUCUGGAGAUCCUAUAUACCGUAUUGUUGGAAGUCUGAGUGGUACUUUAGGUUAUGUGAUGAGCGAGGUAGAAGGCGGAAAACCUUUCAGCCAAGUUGUCAAUGCUGCUAAAAGCCUUGGAUACACUGAACCUGAUCCUCGAGAUGAUCUUAGUGGGACAGAUGUAGCAAGGAAGGCUCUGAUCCUUGCUCGACUUCUUGGACAUCGUAUCAACUUGGACACCAUUAAGAUUGAAAGCUUGUACCCUGUAGAAAUGGGACCUGAUGUAAUGCCUGUGGAAGACUUUUUGGUGAAUGGCCUUCCCUUGCUUGAUAAAGACAUCCAAAAUCGUAUCAAUAAGGCUUCGUUAAAUGGAAAAGUUCUGCGUUAUGUCUGUUUGAUUGAGGACUCCAGGUGUGAAGUUGGCAUACAAGAACUUCCAAGAGAUUCGGCUCUGGGAAGAUUAAGGGGAAGUGAUAAUGUGUUGGAGAUUUACAGCCGUUGCUAUAAGACACAACCGUUGGUCAUUCAAGGUGCUGGAGCAGGAAAUGAUACUACGGCAGCUGGUGUCCUUGCCGAUAUCCUUGAUAUUCAGGAUCUAUUUUCCUGAUUACACGUCGGAUAAGGGGAAUUAAUCAGCAUUGGCCAGCAUUAAAUAAAUUAAAAUUUUGGUCGUUCUACUUUUCAAUAUGAUUUAGUAGCAUGUACCAAACAUGCACUAUGGACUGAAAACUCAAUUCGCAGAAACUUGAGCAAAAGUUUGGGUAUGAUUUAAUCACGUUUUGAGUGAAGUAAUGAGGCUUGAACUAUAGAAGAAUGGUGCUACAAUGCCAGAUUAUAGGAAUAAGUGAGAUUCAAGGCUGUAUUAUUAAAUUUAUGUUUUAUAUAUAUCAGAUUAUCGGAAAAUUAAGUA